AUGUCCGUGCAAGGGUUGCUGGCGCACAUCAAAGCCAUGCGGCGCAACCACCUGAUCAUCGUUCUCGUCACCAGCGCCGUUUUAUACGGGAAUGGGGUGCUCAUAUCGGACAAGUACCUGGGCUGGAAGUCACCUAAGAUAGCGUAUGAGCCGGCAUGCGGACCACAGCUGGUGCCGCAGCUUAACCGGGAGCUGGCCCACGCAGCAGCUCAGGGCGGCGAAAUCUUUGUGACCUGGGCCAGCCAGGUCUAUGCGGACUUUGCGGUCAACUGGGCCAGGAGUCUGCAAAGGGUGAACGCAACAAAUUUCCUCGUGGGAGCGCUGGACGAGAAGGCAGCCCAGGCCCUCCUGGAUGCACAGCUGCCUGUGUUUUCCAUGUACAACCUGGACAUGAAUGGCUCAGUCAUGGCUGCAGGGGGAAGCAAGGCGUGCGAACAGGACUUCCACAACAGCACCGCCUGCCAACGGAUCGGGCUGGCCCGCGCCUUCCUCUCCUACGGCCUGGACGUGACGCUGUCCGACGCCGACUGGGCGUUUGCCGAGGACCCACGCCCCUUCUUCUCCCGCCAGCCCCCCGCCGACCUGCUGGCCGCCGGCGCGGCGCUGGUCAACUCCACCGCCGACGGCGACGGCGGGCUGGAGCUGGCCGCCAGCCUGGCGGCCGGCACCGACGACGGCCUGCUCCUGCUCCGUGCCGCGCCCGCCAUGCUCUCCUUCCUCCAGGCAUGGGCGCGCGCGCUGCCGGGCCGCAAUGGUCAGGCCGCCCUGGAGUCGGCGCUGCGCGAGGGCGUGGGCGCCACGCCUGCCCUCUGGCCGGGCCAGGACCGGCUGGCCUACGCAUGGGGUGGGCGCUUGGUGCUGGGCGUGCUGCCCGUGGCCCGCUUCGGCUCGCACACGGCCUCGGUCCAGGGCCUGGCGGGCCUGAUGCACGUGACCCAAGUGGCGGUGCACGCCAGCCACCAGUCUGACGGACUGGUGGGCAAGCGGCACCGUCUGCGGGAGGCCAUGCUGUGGGAGGAUGCGCCGGAGUACUACACCGAGCCGCGCCUCCUGUCCAUGGACCUCAAGCCGCCGAGCGUGCCGGAGAAGCUGAGCCUGGGGGUCAUGGACGAGGGGGGGCAGACGGCGCUGCAGAUGGCGCACAAGCGGGGCCUUCAGUUCCAGCUGCAGCAGGUCAGGGCCGGCAUGGCCCUGGCCGUGGCACUCAACCGCACCUUCCUCAUGCCCAGGCUGACGUGCCUGUGCGACAGCGGCUGGGACAAGCUGGAGAACUGCCGCAGCCCCGGCGCGCCCCUCACCCCGUUGCCCUUCACCUGCCCCUGGGACCAGGUGUUCCUCGUGGAGCGCCUGACCGAGCCGCACGAGAAGAAGGUCAACAUGACGUACCGGGAGUACUCCUUCCUGGACAACCCCAGGACCCCCAACGAAACGGAGGGCACGGCCAACACGGCCUUCCGCACACACGACCCCACCAUCGUCUGGCUCCCCCCCAAGACCGGCCUGGCAGACCUGCGCGACCGUGUGGCCCGCCACUCGGGCGUGCGCCGGCUGCACGUGCGCGACCCUCAGGCGGCCUGGGCGGACUGGGAGCGGCCGGAGGACGGCAAGUCCUUCGACCUGCGCUUCAUCGGCGCGCUGGCGCCCUGGGCGGGGCCCUUUGAUGAUGAGGAGAAGACCAAGCGCUGGCUUGAUGGUGUGCUGCGGCGGAAAAGGAAGCGUGAAAAGUGGACCUGA